AUGAAGGAAUAUCUUGAAGCCGCUUCCCUGGUCACGAGCAAUGAUCAGCUCCUUAAUUCUCUAGAGGGUCUCGAGUGUCUCCUGCUCGAGGCAGCCUAUCACACCAAUGCCGGGGACCUCCGUCGCGCCUGGCUUGUUAUCAAACGAGCCGUUGCCCACGCACAACUCAUAGGACUCCACCGUGGUCACCCCGCGAAUCCCGUUGUUCUCGAUCCAGAGACGCAAACAUCGCCUUCCAUCAUGUGGCACAGAAUCGUCAGCGAGGAUAGGUACCUGGCUCUCAUGCUAGGCUUGCCUCCUGACACAUCUGCUCGAGCUGUGCCUGCGAACAUGUCCCUGGCCGCCGGGGAGUGCCCAAGCGAGUAUCUCGAACGAAUACACGCCCAAGCAAUGGGGCUCAUCGCAGCCAGAAAUGUCGAAGACGACGCUUCUGGCGACAUUCUCGCCACGCAAGAGAUUGAUCAGAUGCUACAGCAAGCUGCGCGUAGCAUGCCUGACAACUGGUGGCUCCUACCGACGGCAAAGAGGCGAAGCGAAUCCAGCAACAUCGGGAACGUCGAGAGCCUUGAGAAUGUUCUCCGAAUACUCCUCCAGAUCACCCACUUCAACCUCUUGGUAUUAUUGCAUCUUCCGCAAAUGCUGCGUCGCGUGAGCGUACACUCUCAGAGCUAUAGCAAAGACGCCUGCGUGAACGCAAGCCGGGAACUCCUCGGCCGCUACGUCAAGUUCCGAUGCAUGAACCAGAUCUCCUUCUGUUGUACCGGCAUUGACUUCGCUGCGUUCACUGCCUACUUCCUCGGCCACCAACGGCUGAGCGAUCGUGCCACGAUCGAGGAGGUGGUUGACCUGAUGUUGGAAGUCAAUGGUUCCAGCUGCGAUGAGCUGUUAGCCCAGACUGCUUUCAUCUUGAGGUCCUUUCUGGACAUUGAGGGUGAUGCUGCCGCCGAUGUAACCGCAUCUGCUGGGCAAACAGUGAACAACUCAGCGAGACCAAUCCUGGGACACAACAUUCAAUACCUUCCCGCAUAA